GCCGCGUGCCUAUUGGCCGCGGCCUGGUCGGUGGGCGGAGUCAUUGACAAUGACUGAGCUCCGGACACAUGUUUACAUUGAGAGAAGGGAAGAAUGGAGCCGGACAUGAUCCCGUAACACUCAACAAAGUCAGACUGAAGUUAAUGCGAAGAGCGACACUUUGUCAUACGAUGCCUCCCUUGAUAGCAGAAAAGGGAGCCAUUUACACAACAGUGUGGUAUGUGACAUGUCAGACAUGCAAAAAAGGUUUCCUAACAGUUUUGUAGCCUUUCCACAUGAUGGCGUCCACGGCGUCACCUGUGCCCCGUGCCAUUUUCGCCCCCUCACCAACUCCACAUCUGGACUUCGCCCUGGGUGCCCUGGCCUGCUGCGCUGCCUGUGUCUUCACCAACCCUUUAGAAGUAGUCAAGACCCGACUGCAGCUUCAAGGAGAGCUGCGUGCACGGGGCACCUACCAGAGGCACUACCGUGGGGUCCUCCAGGCCCUUUGGGUGGUGGGCCGCACAGAUGGGCUCCGGGGCCUUCAGAAGGGGCUUUCCGUCGGCUUGAUCUACCAAGGAGUGAUGAACGGCGUGAGGCUGGGCUGUUUUUCCUACUGUGAAGCUCUAGGCAUCACGUCAUACCAUGGAGGAAGUGUCCUAUCAGGGGCGGGGGCCGGGGCACUUGGGGCAUUCAUUGCCUCUCCUGCCUACCUGGUGAAGACACAUCUGCAGGCUCAAACGGUAGAAGCCAUCGCAGUGGGCCAUCAGCAUAACCAUGUGGGUGUGUCUGAUGCCUUUGUCACCAUCUAUAGGAAAGAGGGUUUAAUUGGACUCUGGAGGGGCGUGAACGGGGCCGUGCCCCGCGUCAUGGUUGGUUCAGCUGCUCAACUGGCAACCUUCACCUCGGCCAAGGAAUGGGUGUUACAUUCCCAGUGGUUUAGUCUGGGAGCCAACUGGCUCGUCGCUUUAAUCGCAGCCAGCAUCAGCGGGGUUGCUGUGGCGAUCACCAUGACACCCUUUGAUGUCAUUAGUACGAGGCUCUACAACCAGCCAGUGGAUGAGUUUCACAGGGGACGACUCUACAAUGGCUUUUCGGAUUGUAUGCUGAAAGUGUGCCAAGCUGAAGGACUGCUCGGUCUGUACAAAGGCAUGGGCCCAGUUUUUCUGCGCUUGGCUCCACACACAGUUCUCAGCAUGCUAUUCUGGGAUCUGAUGAGGCAACAAGCCGUGAAAAACAGGCAGACCCACGGGCAGGGCUGAAUCCUUCAAAAUACACACAGCAAGAAUUACAAGAUUGUGCAAACUCUGAACUUGUAACUCCUUUACUGUGAAGAAGAACAACCAUCCCAUGAAGAUGGUACGAAUGAUUUACAAAGAACUACUUGACCAACGAUGAACACGUGCUGCUCGGACAAGAAGCUCCUGUCAAAUGUUUGAAGUGUGAUGGUUUGUUUUGUGGCCCUUGUAAAUGUUAAUAUGCGAGCAGUAGUGGUUAAAGCAAACCCUGAAUUAUUCAUUCAGAUCCUGACUAAAUUUGGUUUUAGUGUUUUUUGUUUAUUUGUUUUUUGGUAGAAUGGGCGUCUUUUGGCUGGAAAUGACAUAAGACGGUAUAAGAUAUAAGUAAAGACCGUGUAAAGUAAAUUCAGAAAUUUGAUGGGGCCCAGUGACUCACCUCAGCCCCGGCAGACUCGCACCUCCCCCACUAUGGAAAAAUUGCACGCCUUCAUUCGCGUCAACGGUUAUCCAGUGCAUGAUAUGCAGUUCUUGUAGCUUACUAGCUGUAUAUGCACCAUGAAAAUAGUGUGUGUUCCAUUAACCUGCUGUGCAUGUUUUUGGAAUGUGGGAGGAAGCUGGAGUACCCGGGGAAAACCCACGCAAGCACGGGGACAACAUGCAAACUCCACGCAGGAAGGCCGUAGCAGAAAUCGAACGUUGCACCUCUGCACUGCGAGGCGGACAUGCUAACCAGUCGAUCACAAGACACCUUUUUAAGCCUCAUACUUUUUUCCAGUGCGUCAAAUUUGUCAGGGUUGUUGUCAAAUUUACAAAACAUACUGUAUUUAUUUUCACUUUACAUGGAUUUGAAAUCUAAUAAAUAUUAAUAUAUUAUACGAUAUUUAAAUGGAAUAAUCGUUAUCCAUAUUUUUUUAGGAAAUAUAAUGCGGUAGUUUUUGAAAGGAUCUUGUUAAUGGCACAAUUCUAAUCAAAUGUAACUUCACGUAUAAUAUAAUUAUAAUCAAGUAUACAUUUACAACAUGGGCUAUGCAUGUGUUGACCAGAGUAUAAGUAAUUGUGGAACCUUUUCACAAAAGUGUAAAACUGCUACUUUAACUCAAAAUUUGGUUACAUUGCCAACAGCUUUGGGCUCAAGUACCGUACCCUUUGUUUCUAAAACACAUUCCAAAAUCAAAUUGUUUUAAGAAAUAUCAAGGUGACCUACUAACACUUGCCCUGUAGUUUGAUUUGUUUUGAACAGAUAUCUUGUGGAGGAAUUUUUUAAACAAAUGUAAGCAAUUCACUGUUCAAUUCAUGUUUCUUUGUUGGG